AUGUCUCUCUCCGCCAGCUCACACCACGACGCCGCCGCCGCUCCAUAUGCGAGACUAAGGACCCGGCCGCCGUCGUCCAAGACUGGAUCGGAUGAGCCUCUAGUGGGCGCUACUCCUCCCGCGAAUCGCCAUGGAAUGAAAAACAGCUGGCGUCCAGCAGCAGCAGGAGGAAAUCACACGGACUAUUUGUACUGCUGCGACGCCGAUCCAGACCCCCAGAGGCUCCGUGGCAAGCCUACAUUCGGCAUGCAAGCUGCUGCUUUGGUUGCGAUGCAUCGUCGGCUGGACCGCCGCUGCAGCGCGCAAAACACCUCUAAGAUUUUGGUCCCUGCAUAUACUUUGGCCAUUCUGGCAACAUCACGUUUUCAGAACCGUUCCACUUUCCCCCUUCCCCUUGGGCUUUCCCAUCAUGAUUUGAUCACACACGUAUCCGCCCUCGCACCUACAUCAACUCCAAAACUCUGGGUCGAUUCCACAGAGGUUUAUGCAUCACCACCACCCUCUUACGACGAAUCAGUCGCGGACUUUCCGCCCGAUUAUACCACCACCGAUGCGUUAGCCACUGCGCAUACCCCCGAAUACACGCCCUUUCCCUCUCUCGUUCCUUCUCUGAACGCCAGUACCCCCGGUUCUUUGCAGCAUAAUAUGGACCCGUAUUCUUUGCUCUUCACGGACGAGAAAUCGUCGUACGUGGAUAUAGAUUUUGGUUUCACCGAAGAUGGUAUCAAGUCACACGCCAAGAAGAAGAAGGGAGCCGCUGCUAAGAAAGCUGCGCCUGUAGAGGAGAAGAAAGAAGAACCACCACCUGCAGAUGCUGGUGAUGGGGGUGGCGAUCCUCCGGCGGAUGGGGGCGCUGGAGGCAAUGGAGGAGGGGAUGGUGGCGAUGGCAAGAAGGAUGAUGAUGAUUGGGGUGAUGCUUGGGGAACCGCUGGUGGCAAGAAGAAAGGCAAAAAGACCAAGAAGGAGGAGGAGGAAGAGGCUGAGAAGAAACGCAAGGAGGAGGAGGAAGAAGCGGAGCGCAAGAAGAAGGAGGAAGAAGAGGCUGCUGCUGCUGCUGCUGCUGCUGCUGCUGCAACUGCCGGCGGCGAUCUUAGCUGGGCCGACAAUACCAACAACAACGAUGACUGGGGACAAUUUACGGCUGCGGGGUCGAAGAAGAAGAAGGGUAAAAAGGGGAAAAAUGCCGAACCCGCAGCUCCACCUCCCCCAGACCCACCCACAACUUUUGACGACAUCAACCUUGACGAUACAGGUGGUGCGCCCAAGAUUGACAUGCAUUUUGGUGACAUUGGUGGCGGCAAAUCAAAUGGUUUCGGUCUUGGAAGUAUAACCAGCGGUUGGGGCUCAGGUUGGGGAUCAGCAAAUAAGGGAUCCACAUGGGGGGGUUUCGAUGAGAAUGCAAAGGGCGAUGAAAAGAAAGACGAUAAUCCUUGGGGCUCCGUGGAUCAGAAGAAGAAAGACAAAGACGGCUUUGAUUUCAACUUUGAUGCUUUCAACGCUGGCACUGCACCGGCCCCGGCGGCAGAAGAAACGAAGCCUGCGGAAGAAGAUGACGGCUGGGGAUUUAGCUUCGGCAACAAAGCGAAGAAGGGUGGAAAGAAGAAGGGCUCAGGGGCGUUGUUGGAGGAUUCGGUGCCAGAGCCUGCCCCAGAGCCCGAGAAACCGAAAGAAGAUGAUCCCUGGUCUUUUUCGUUUGGCAACGCAAAAGACAAGAAGAAGAAGGGCAAGAAGGGCGCUCUCAUUGAGGAAACUCCGGAGCCAGAGCCCGUGCCUGAACCUGUUGUCGCCGACCCAGAACCCGCGAAAGAGGAUGAUGCCUGGGGAUGGGGUACUGCAGCAGCUGGAAAGAAGAAAAAGAAAGGAAAAAAUGCCAUAGAAGAAGUCAAAGAAGAACCGAAGGUCGAAGAACCACCCGCCCCCGAGCCUGAUCCUGCUCCUCCAACUGACGAUUGGGGUUCUUUUGCAGCAGUUAAUGGCAAGAAGAAGAAAGGGAAAAAGGGCGCGAAGGAAGAACCAGUCCCUAUUGUUGAAGAGCCCCCGCCACCUCCUCCACCGGAACCCGAGCCAGAACCGAUUGUUGAGCCCGAACCUGAACCAGUCAAAGAAGAGCCUCCAGUAGAUCCGUUCAAGGGCCUCAGCAAGUCUCAGAAGAAGAAGUUGGAGCAGAAAAUGAAGAAAGAGGCCGAGGCGAAAGCCAAAGAAGAAGAGGAGCGGAAAGAGCGGGAAGAGAAAGAGGAGGCUGAGCGUAAACAGAAGGAAGAGGAGGAGGAAGCAGAGCGCAUCAAAAAAGAGGAGGAAGAAGAAGCUGAGCGCAUCAAAAAAGAAGAGGAGGAAGCUGCUGCUGCCGCCGCCGCUGCUGCCAGCGCGAAGCAGGACGAUGGAUGGGGGGCCGCUACAACGUCCAAGAAGAAGAAGGGCAAAAAGGGCAAAGAAGAGCCCGCGCCCCCUCCUCCUCCGCCUCCUCCCCCAGAGCCGGAACCGAUCGUUGAAGAGAAGAAGGUAGACGACUGGGCAGAUGAUGGCUGGGGAACUACUACAGUCACAAAAAAGGGCAAAAAACCAAAGAAGGGUGUGGUUGAGCCAGAGCCGAUUGUGGAACCGCCACCGCCCGAGCCCGUCGUAGAAGAAAAGCCGACUGACGAUUGGGACAACUGGGGAACAACUACGACAUCCAAGAAGAAGAAGGGCAAGAAAGGAGCCAUCGAAGAGCCACCUCCACCGCCACCACCUCCAGAGAUUCCCGAGCCUGAGCCCGAGCCCGAGCCUGCCCCGGAACCCGCGAAGAAAACGACGAAGAAAGAAGACAAGAAUGACGGCGGUGAUUGGGGCUUUAGUUCAAUCUGGGGAGGGGGCAGCAAGAAGAAAAAGAAGGGCAAAACCACAGAGCCUGACCCCGAACCAGAGCCUGUCGUUGAGGAUGUUCCGAUUCAAGAACCAGACGGUGUCGAAGAGCCCAAAGCAGAAGACGAGGAUGACUGGGGCGCGCCGUCGUGGGGCAAGAAGAAAACCAAGAAAAGCUCCAAAGACACACCUGUCGAUGUCACGGAAGACACUCUAUCCGCCCCAGUUCAGAAACCUGACGAUGACGAUCCUUGGGGGAGCGCAUCCUUCAAUAUUGGCAAGAAGGCCAAGAAGGGAAAGAAAGGGACUGCGAUGGCUGACGACAAUGUUGACCUUCUGGGUGACGUGGGCUUGCCUCCACCCAAGGAGAUAGAAGCGGCCCCGAUUGAGGAGGAGAAAAAGGAAGAUGACAUGUGGGGGUUCUCAUCGUCGAAGAAGAAGAAAAAGGGCACAAAAGACGACGACGGUGGCAAACUGAGCAAAACCACCACGAAAGAUUCUUCAAAAUCCAAAGACCCAAUCGAUGACCUCAUGUCCUUUGAUGCGCCACCCCCGCCACCAAAGGAGGAAGAAAAGAAGGAAGAGAAACCCUCAAAACCGCCCAAAAAGGAGACCCCCAAGGAGAAGAAAGCCAGAGAGAAGAAGGAGAAGGAGGAGAAGGACCGCCUAGCCAAGGAAGCCAAGAAGAGGGAGAAGGAAGAAAAAGAGGAGAACGCACGGCUGGAACGCGAAGCGAAAGAGGCAGAGGAAUUGGCCGAGAAAACGAGAAUCGAAGAAGAAGCGGCAGCAGAAGCGGCAGCAGAAAAGGCGAGGAUCGAGGCUGAGGAAGCGGAAAAGUUGAAGAAGGAAUCCGAGACGAGCUCUGGCUGGGGCUCACUUUGGGGCUCUUCCAAGAGUAAGAAAGAAACUUCCAAGCAGAAAAGGGAGCGCGAAGCCCGCGAGAAGGAAGAGCAGGAACGGCUCGAACAAGAAGAGAAGGAGCGUCUUGAGAAAGAAGAAAUGGAAAGGCUGGAACAAGAAAGAUUGGAGCAGGAAAGACUUGACCGCGAGGCCAAAGAAGCAGAAGAAGCGGCGGCGGCGAAAAAGAAGGCAGAGGAGAGCUCUAGCUGGGGUUCGAUUUUCGGGUCUUCGUCCAAGAGCAAGAAGGAGACCUCCAAGCAGAAAAAAGAGCGCGAAACUCGUGAGAAGAAGGAGCAAAAGGAGCGUGAGGAGGCAGAGCGUGUCGAGCGGGAAGCCAAGGAGGCUGAAGAAGCCGAAACCGCUCGUUUGGCCCUUGAGAAAGAGUCAUCCAAGGACACUUCUGCAUCCAAGAAGCUCAAGAAGAAGAAAGGCAAGGGAGCAGUCGAAGAGCCCGCGCCUCCGCCUCCGGUGGUGCCCGAUGACGAUCUGCUCGAUCUUGUGAAGGACGUCCCGGCCUCUGACCUUCUCGCAGAACUUGAGAAGGAAACGUCAAAGGAGGAGACGGGUGGCGGGUGGGGGAGUGCGUGGGGGAUCUCUCUUCGAAAGACCAAAAAGCCCGAGCCUAUUCCUGACUCAUCAUGGGAUUUUCCCGAGGCUGCAGCGAACCCUCCAGAACCACCCAUUGCUGACGAACCGGUGGAGGUACCGCCAGACCCCGAACCGGUGGUCAAAGCGUCCAAGUCUUCCAAAAAGUCAUCGAAGAGUAAAUCCAAGGCUGUGGAACCCCAGCCGGACCCUGUUCCCGAAGAAAUUCCACCCCCACCAGAGCCGCCCGCGGUAGAAAUCAUCGAAGCCACGCCUAAAAAGUCAUCCAAACUGAAAAAGUCUACCAAAUCUUCGUCAAAGUCAAAGUCAAAGGAAACACCUAUCGAAGUUCCCGAACCCGAGCUUGACGCAAUUCCUAAGAUCACAACACCUGUACCUGGUGGAUUCCCGAUGGACGAAAUGGACUUGAUUGAUUUGAAUGCACCUCCUGUAGAGGAGCCCCAACCCGAAGCCGAACCUGAACCUGAACCUGAACCUGUUCCCGAGCCUGAGCCCGUCGUCGUUGAAAAGGUCGAGAAGAAAUCAAAGAAGCUCAAGAAAAGCAGUAAACACAAAGCUGAGCCCGUGGUUGUCGAAGAACCCCCACCUCCACCUCCGCCUCCGCCCAUUCCCGAACCUGAACCUGCCGAGGAAGACGUAUUUGUAGACCUAGAUGAUGGAGAUAAUCUCGAAGAAGCACCCCCUAAACCUCCGACACCUCCCCCAGAACCUGAAGUCAAACCGGACUCUGCAAAGAGAGAACGCGCAAAAGUUGUACGCGGCGGGAAUUCUGCAUCCUGGGGCUUUUGGGGCGCAGCUGCUGGUGCCACUGCAGCCACUGCAGCGGCCUCGCGGUCGAAACCAUCGAGGAAGCUUUCUGGCGACGAGGGAGCAAGCGCGGCAGCACCCUCUAAGCCAUCUAUGAGCCGGUCCAAAUCUGCCCGUGUCUCUUCCAAAGUAGAUAGAGACGGCAUGUCACGGUCGUCGGGUUCUGAUAAGACGUCCAAAACACCCUCACGAGCAAAAGUUUCUCGCUCUUCAACUGGAUUUGCAUCUUUCUUCGGACCUGCCCCUCCGUCAGCGCGAGCUUCUAAAUCACGCCGUACAUCAGCUACCCGUACAUCUUCCAGACGUGCAUCAGUUGACCAGGAUGCAGCAAUGAUGUCGCCCCCACCAACAGAUACAGAUGUCAAGAUAUCAUCGAAGGCAGCAAAAGUCAUGGGCAUGAAGGAAUCCGUUAGUCGAAGGUCUAGCACUAGGGACAAAAGGAAAUCACGAGUUGUUCCCGACCCGUAUCCUAUAGAUGAUGACCUGGACAUGCUCGACGACGGAGCACCAUCUUCGCCAACACCAAGAUCGAAGCCCGAGUCGUCACGUCGCAAGUCCAAGCACGACUCGGUGUCGCCUGUAGAGGAACCGUUGACUGCCCCACCAAGCACAGACGAUCCGCCCGACAUUGACCCAAUGGAAGUGGAGCCUACCCCGGCUGAGCCGCCCCGCCGUGAACGACAUCGUCGCGAACGAGGCAACUCCAGCGCCAAGGACACUUUUGCAGCCGCUGCCACCACAGCAGCGGCCACAACCGGAUUAAUGAGUAUGUUCGGCCUUCGUAAAAAAGCCGCCCCAGAGGAAGACCGCCGCGAUGAUCGCCGCCGCGGCGCUUAUGAGACUGAAGAUGAGCGCAGACGCCGCAAGCGAUCAUCCACGCGCGGCGCAAUGACUGAAGAUGAAGCAAAACGUUUGCGACAUGAACGCCGCAGCGUCCGACGCACAGACAUGGGUACCAACGGUAGCGCAGACGUCGAUGCGGAGCGCGAGGCGCGGCGUGCGGAACGACGAGCGAAACGCUCACAAAUGCCUUAUGGCGAAGACAUGGGUGUCAACGGCGCUCCGGACAUCGAUGCUGAGCGUGAGGCCAGACGUGCCGAGCGAAGAGCAAAGCGGGAUAUGGAUAAAGACCCACGACGCGCUGAGCCAGAGGGUGCAGAAGGCAAGUCCGAGCGCCGUCGUGAACGCGAGCGGGAGAAUGAGCGUGCGACUCUUGCUGAAAAGAAAGCCCGACAAAGGGCUGAACUCGAGCGACGCAACCAAGAAGCAGAAGAGAAGCUACGCAUCAUGAAGGAAAAGGAAGAACGGCGUGCCGCUCGCAGCUCGCGCAAGGAUACUGACGAACGAGAGCAUCGAUCUUCGCGACGCAGAGACAAAGAUCGUGAAGUUUCUUCAAGACCACAGAAUGAGCGCCGCAGAUCGCAAUUGGACGAGGAUCCCGAGGAGCGACGCCGUCGCCGCGAAGAACGUCGCGCCAAACGUAACUCCGAGUAUCCGACAGCCAACGGCGAGCCCAUCACGGAUUACUUUGACGAGCGAAACGCGACAACCCACCGCUCUCGACACCGAAGCUCGCACCGUACACGUGAAGAAGAGAAUAUGCCCUACAUCUCAAGAGGCGGCGACAAGACGUCUUCCUGGGUCGAGUCCUUCUCGAACGAGCCCGCCCUCCCCGUGCCGCUCGCAGAGACCGUCUUGGACCACCCCAACGGCGAUGUUAUAGGAGACGAAGAAACACUCUCCGCCGACGAGGAGCUACGGCACUAUAUACACCGCGGCAAGAAAAGCCGUGGCGAGCGCGAUCGAGACCGCGACAGAGAAAAGGAUCGCGACCGUGAGCGCGACAAGAAGGGCCACAGGCGCCGCACCCAAUACGAUGGGACGCGAGGGAGCGAGGAGCAAGACGAAAGACGCAGCCGCAGGAAAACAUACGGAGCCGAGUAUGCGGAUCCACCCGUGCGGACGUGGGAUGGUAGACCGGCCGUGGACGGCGGCGGGGGAGGAGGUAGCGGGAAGAGAGGCAGCUGGUUUAAGAAGAUUGCUGGUUUCUAA